UUGAUUAACUGAAAUAGUCAUAAUGUCAACAUGGCGACUGCCGAAGGCGAAUUUGGCCCAUGGUUAAGUGAUAAACUAAGAUCAUUAAAAACUGAUGAAGGAGUAUUUGGAUCAUAUAUAUCAGGUAUUUUAGAAAGUGAAGAAACUUUAGAUGAAAAAAAAGACGCUUUAGAAGGCAUACUAUCUGAGAUUGUUGACAAAGACAUAUCAGAUCAUGUUACUGAAAUAUUAGAUAAGUGGGAGUUGUAUAAACCUAAAGAAGAAAAUCCAAAAUGUGCAGCAGACGUUGACAUUCAGUUAGCGAAGUUAUUGGAAUCUCAGUCUUUAGCAACUACUGCUCGUCGUGAGUACACAGAAGAAGAGAAGAGAAUACGAGAAGCUAUAUUAUCUCAGUAUAGUCAGCUGUCUGAUAAUGAGCAAGAUCAAGAACAUGAAGAGGAAAGCGAUCGUCAAGAUUUAGUUAGAAAUACGAAUGCAUUAGAUGUUGCUGCUGCUGCUCGUGAACGAAGAGAGCAUGCUCGACUCGAAGCUCAACGUAAAAAAGAAAAAGACAAAGAAGAUAGAGAGAAACAAAAAGCAUUGAAAGAGGAAAAGAAAGAUAAACGCAAAACACAAAAAGGCGAAAGAAAGAGAUAGCAAGCAACUUUAAAUGUCUGAAGCCAACAGGCUAAAAAAUGUUAGCGAAUAAGUUGGAAACUUUUAUGUAGUUUUUUUGCAAAUCUAUUAAAAACCUGGACUGUAUUUCAUUGACAUAACUAUACAGGACUUUUUUUUGGAUUUUUUGUUUAUUUGAUCUUAUAAUCAGUUUUUUAUGUUUAAUUUGCAAAUGUAUAUUUACUGAAGGAUUAUAUUUUGUUAAGAUAAAUUAUAAUGAUAAUAGUCACCGCAUGGUCAUUAUUUUGAAUAUUAUGGUAUUACUCUCUAUAAAACAGUGUAUUUUAGUUACUUUAUGUAAAUGUUUGUAAUAUUUUACAAUAUU